UCUGUUUUCAAGGCAAAACUGUGUUGGUGUGUAUCAUUCUGAUUCUAUUAUUUAUAUUUCAUUUACAAGAGUAUUCUAUUUGAGUGAUGAAGCAACAUAAAAAUUAUGUGCAUUUAGUUGAGAGCUCUUCAGAAAGUGUUACAGCACUAACAAGUGUUUGUUUAAAAUGCAGUAGUUAAGAGAAUUUUGAUUUUGUGGAAAAUUCAUGUCAUCUCACUUUGAUGAGACUCACAAAGUAAGUCUCAAACUCAGAGACACUUGGUUGAGGUUUAAUCUUCAAAUUAUGGUCUUCCCUUUAAAUAUUUUAAAUGCCACAUUCCUAUUCAAGAGAUAGUAUGCAAACCUGUUUCAUUUUUAAACUGCCUUACUAACCCCACUGUGAUACUUCUUGUCCUUUAACGUUCUUCCUCCUAUCAGAGGGUCCUAAAAUGCUGUACUUGGACUGGGUCACCUUUAUGGUUCAGUUCAGUUCAUACCAGAGAAAAAGUUUUUAUUGGGAUGAAAAAUAGGUGGUAAGUUCUACCAAGAAUGUUUUAUGUGUUGGUAUGCAAAGGCAAAAACAUUCUUGAAGCCAAAUUUAUUGGGAUUGAAGCAUUCUGGGGGUUUCAUAAUGUACAAAGUUUCUAGUUUUUGCCAGUUGCCCUUAACUUCUAAGAUGACAAGUAAUAUUUGUUACCACUUUGUAUACAAAAGAGAGCAAUAAUAUCAGAUUGCUUUCAAGCUAUUCUUCCUCUACUUCCCUUCUGACCCUCUUAUAAGCCUUUAAGCAGUUCUGGCAUCUACUGUUUGCUUUAUAAUUAAUUUUGUGGUUUAUCCAAAAUUCUCAUAACUGAUGAAAUAUUCUGAUCCUGUUUAGUUAAUCAUAUUACUUCCUUAGUGUCCUUAUUUCAUGGUAUCUCAGGUUGCCCUUUUCACACUUUUUAGAUCUCAGUAUACCACUACUUAGUUUCUUGAGUUUUUCCAGAGAACAAUGGCAUGUUGUCUGAUGAUUGAUGGAUUUUAAACAGGGCUGUUCCAACAUUAGCAUUUAAUGUUUUUUAACUUCCUAGUUGUAAUUGUUUUACAUAAUUUAUAAAUAAAAGAUUUCUGAAAUAUUUGUGCUUGAUUUAAUAAGCUUUCCCUCCAUAUAAAUGGAUUUUUGUAUAGCUUAUUUAGAAUUAGUGAUAGAUUUGAGCUACUGGCUAAAUGGUCUUAUUAUUACUGAUCUACCAGCUGCAUGGAGCAGAUUCUAUUGGUAGAGUCUAUUAUUGGAAAGCAAUUAAUUAUAUUGAAUAAUUAGCACUUGACUCACAUUUGAGAUCUUUCUUCAUCUUGCUUUGCCUUUUUAGUAUUGUUCCUAAAAUGUAGCCCUGAGAACUAAGUACAAUACUCCUUGUGUGGACUGACCAGUGCAGAUCACAGUAGACUUGUUACCGCCCUCAUUUUGAUGCUCUGUGCAAACCUCUCAAAUUUGGUGCAAACCUCUCAUCUUUGACUGAUUUCACAGGAUUCUACCUCACUUUUUCUAUUUAAGGCAAAGUGCUCUACUCGUUUUAUUUUGCAGUAUAUUCUCAUCUCCAGCCUCUGCCUUUGCACAGGGUAUGGCUCAUAUUUAGAAUGCUUUGUCAGGUCUCAUCUCUGUCUCUUGUUCUACCUCCCUUCAAGGCUCAGCUUGUGUCCAAUCUUACAGAAGGCCUUCCCUGAUCAAGCCAAUUGCUAAGUAAUUCUGCCCCAAAAUUACUUGGUAUUUUAUAUUUUAUAUUUGCUUAAUAUACCUAUUUUUCCCCAGUAGAAUGCAAGUUUUUGAUUUUAUUUGUAUCCUCAGCAUCUACUAAAUAUUGAGGUAUAAAAAACACUUAUUGAAUCAGAUAUAAUCUAAGCUGAUAUUUGACACAGUAUUGAGUAACUAAAUAUGAUUCAAAGGGAAGGGGUUUAUCUGCCUUUCAUGACUUGAGUUCAAACCCUUUAUGACAUUAUCUGUGUAACCCUGGCCAAAUACUUAAUCUUUCUGGACUAGUUUCCUCCUGUAAAAUGAGGGGAUUGUUGUACUAUAUGUUUGUUAUGAUCUCUCGUGACUCUAUGUUCUAGAUUUGUUUUUAUUUUAACCAAAUUUUUAUUAAUGUCUUUUUUUUAGCUCAUAAUUUUCCCCAGUAUCUCUCCUUGACCCAUAAAUAUUCCAUGUAACUUUUUUUUUGGCUGAGGCAAUUGGAGUUAAGUAACUUGCCAAGGGUCACAAAGCUAGGAUGUGUUAAGUGUCUGAGGUCAGAUUUGAACUCGGGCGGGGUGGUGCUCUCUCCACUGUCCACCUAGCUGCCCUCAUAUAACAUUUUUUAAAGAAAAAAAAAAAGGCCAAUUGAUUAAUAUAUUGGAAAAAAAUGAAAAUGUAUACAGCAUACCAGACUUUAUGGACCUCCUAUAUCUACCUAGGGGUGAAAGUAUCUUCUCUUUUUGGAGAUUUACUUGUUCUUUGUAAUUUUGCAAACAUUCACUUUUGACUUAUGUCGUUCUUCCAUUUGCAUUUUGUAAUUGUGCAUAUUGUUUUAUUGCCUGUUUACUUCCCUGAAUCAGAUCAUGAAAAUCCUUACUUCUUUCUAACAAGUUAGUAAUCUCAACAGCAUUUGUUUAUCCAUUUCUUAAUCUAUGAGAAUCUCCAUUGUUUACAACUUUGCUAUUACAAAAAUUGUUGCUGCAAAUAUUCUGGUAUAUGUGGGAGUAUUUUUCUUAGCAAGACACCCUAAAGGAAAGAUGGGAGUCUCAGUAUGAGACUUCACAGCUUCUGGGGAAGUAACUCCUUUAGAAAAGAGGCCAAAUAUCCCCCCUAACCAUCAAAAAGUUGUCAUAUAGCAUAAGCAGGUCAGUCUAGCUGAAGCACUAAAGGAGGAACAGGAGACAUGUCAGGCAAAACAAAAUACCACUUGAAAAUUUCCCCUCAAGUCCUGAUGAAAACAGCUUAGGACUCUGAACCCAAGAACUUUGGGAAUAGCAAUGGUGUGGUAGACCAGAGUCCUUGGCCAGGCUGGUAAGAAACUCAUGUAGAAAUACACUCUGACAGUUACUCUUGGCAAGUAUUGCCACCAAGGUCCUUGGUAUUGCCAACAGUUCAAUAGUAGAAACUGAUAGUUUAUUUUUUUGAUAGUAUUUUUUUUUCUUCCCAGUUAUAUGUGAAGAAAAUUUAGCAUGCACUUUUACAAGAUUUUGGCUUCCAAAUUUUCUUUCCUCCCAAACAUAUUCAUAUCAAUCACAGUUGUGAAAUAAGCAUCAAAAGGAAAAAAAAAAAAAAAACAGAAUAAGUGAAAAAAUAUACUUCAAUCUGUAUUCACAGUAUAACCGUUCUUUAUCUGGAUGUGAAUAGCGUUUUUUAUCAUGAGUCUUUUGUACUUGUCUUGGGUCAUUGUGUUGCUGAGGAGUUGAGUUAAUCAUAGUUGAUUGCACUUCGCUGAUCUGUGUACAAUGUUCUUGGUUCGCUUCAUUUUGCAUUAGCUAGUACAUGUCUUUCCAGGUUUUUCUGAAGUCUGCCUAUUCGUUUCUUAUUGCACAAUAGAAAAAAAAUUGUCAUUUUUCUUUUUUCGAAGAAAUUGGUAUUUUCAAAGUGAAAAAGACAUUAAAGAAGAAGGCAUCCCUGUCUGUCUGCCUUGCCGCUGUAUCCGUGGGCCUUUGUCUUUGUCUUCAGCUGAAACUUGUGUGUUGUCUCCCCCAUUAUAUUGUGAGCUCCUCAAGAUCAGAGACUGAACUAAAACUAUUUUACUUGUAUGCCCUGUACUUAACACAGUGCUUUACAAUUACACGCUCUUAAUAAAUACUUAAUCCAUUCAUUAUCAGUAGCCUUACGGGGUAUAAGCCUAAAAAUUCUCUGGGUUAAAAUGGAUUUUUUUUGUCAUUUUAUAGUUUUUUUUUUCCCCUCCAAAAAUGACUAUUGAUUAGUAGUUUCACUAACAAUACAUUAGUGUAUAUUCCAACAACCUCUCCAACAUUGAAUAUUCCCCUGUUUUGUCACCCUGACCAGUUUACAGACUGAAGUGAAGCCUUAGGGUUCUCAUUUGCAUUUAUCUUAGUAAUUUGGAGCAUUUUUUCAUGUGGUUGUUAAUAGUUUGCAAUUUAAGGAUUGUUUAUGUCCUUUGAUCGCUUUACUUUUUUUAAAGUUAAAAUUUUUUUUUUCAAUUUACCUUCUCUCCCUUUCUCUCCCUACCCCUAGCCCAACUGAGAAACAAAAACAAAACCCCUCUUACAAACAUGUACCAUUGAAGAAAACAUUUUUUCAUUGGCCAUGUUCCUACUAAUCCAUCUCUCAUCCCCCCAAAUAUGUCUCAUUCUGUAUUCAGUCCUUCAACUUUCUCAGGAGAUAACAUGUUUUCAUCAUUUGUCCCCUGGAAUUUUUCAUUAUGAUGAUCAGAGUUCCUAAGUUUUUCAAAGUUGUUUAUUUCGUCCAGUAGUGUUGUCAUAUAUACAAAUUUUCCUUCAGAUCAUGCUCGCUCCAUUCAUUUCCCAGGCUUCUCUGAAACUAUCCCUCCCAUUAUUUCUUGUGGUGGCAAUAGUAUUCUAUCACAUAAUACCAUAACUAUUAAUCCAUUCCCCAGUUGAAAGGUUCCCCAUCCCCACUUCAAUUUCCACUUCCUUUUAAGAAUUCCGCCACGUGCAUCUGUUUAUCCCACCUUCCUUCUAAUGUGCUUCAUUACUCCAGGAGUUUCUUGCGAAUUGAGGUUGUUCGUUUCCAUCCCUCGGGAAGUUAAACCCCUAUUUUAGAAGUCAGGAUGCUCUAGCCCAGGUUUAACUUCUUCGGGCUGAAGAAGCUGAUAAGAGUGAAGGGAGACUUGCAGUUUUCUACAAUCAAAACCUUUCCUAAGCUUCCCACUCCCAGGUCCUUUUCAAGAGAACCUUCUGGGACCCGGCGCGGUGAUGUCAUCCGGGGCCAGCCGGGGAUGUAUGAGCAUAUCCGUGGGGACUGCAGGUACCUAGAGGCGCCAUCGGUGACUGGGAGGGCACAGGUGUGUGGCUCCGCUUCUUGCCCAUUUUUCUUAUGCCCUCUCGGCUCAACGCGCCCUCCACUGAGGAGCGCUCAUCCCGGGCCAGCAGUGGGCUCGGAGGCCGGAGCAGCCCGGCCAUGAAGGAGCUCCCAGCUGAGCCUAAGGACCAGCAGCUAAUGGUAGCACUUAGGAUCCGCCCAAUUAAUGACACUGAACUGGAUGAGGGAGCUACAAUCAUUGCCCACAAAGUGGGUGAUCAGAUGGUGGUGCUUAUGGACCCAGAUGAGGAUCCAGAUGAUGCUUUGAGAGCCAAUCGUUCUCGUGAAAAGACAUUUAUAUUUGAUAUUGUUUUCGAUCAGCAAGCUUCCCAGGAGGAAGUGUACUGUUCUACAACUCAACACUUAGUGGAAGGAGUCAUUUCUGGAUACAAUGCAACAGUCUUUGCAUAUGGCCCAUCAGGUGCUGGUAAAACUUACACCAUGCUGGGAAUGGACUCUGAACCUGGGAUCUACCUCCAGACAUUGAAUGAUCUCUUUCAGGCUAUUGAAGAGACUAGUGAUGACAUGGAAUAUACAGUUUCCAUGUCCUAUCUGGAGAUUUAUAAUGAAGUAAUCCGUGACCUUCUGAAUCCAUCUUCAGAAUUUCUGGAGUUGAGAGAAGAUGCCAAAGGAAGCAUUCAGAUAGCAGGCAUUACUGAGGUCUCCACCACAAAUGCCCAAGAGAUCAUGCAGCUGUUAAUUAAAGGGAACAAGCAACGGACUCAGGAACCUACAGCAGCAAACAAGACUUCUUCCCGCUCCCAUGCUGUUCUGCAAGUCACUGUAAAACAAAGAAGUCGAGUGAAGGAUCUUUCUGAGGAAGUUCGAGUAGGGAAGCUUUUCAUGGUUGAUUUGGCAGGGUCAGAGAGAGCAUCCCAGACCCAGAAUCGAGGCAAGAGAAUGAAGGAGGGAGCUCAUAUCAACCGUUCUUUGCUGGCUCUUGGCAACUGCAUCAAUGCAUUGAGUGAAAAGGGAGGAAGCCGAUCCCAGUAUGUCAAUUUUCGGGACAGCAAACUCACACGUUUGUUGAAGGAUGCCUUGGGAGGGAACAGCAGAACAGUGAUGAUUGCCCACAUCAGCCCUGCUAGCAUUUAUUUUGAAGAAUCCCGAACAACUCUGAUAUAUGCCUAUCGAGCAAAAAAUAUCAAGACCAGGGUUAAACGUAAUCUACAGAAUGUCUCCUAUCAUAUUGCCCAAUACACUGACGUAAUUUCAGAUCUACGCAGAGAGAUAGAACAUCUGAAAUCGAAAAUUGAGAAGCAAGAAAAGGAGAAGAAAAAUGGACCUGAUAUCAGAGAUGUGCAAGCAGAAGUCCAUCAUGACUCAGAGGAAGAUAGUCGAAUUCAGAUGAAUAAGAUUCGGGGACAAUUGAUUAGUGCAUUCAAAGAGCAGAUGGAAAUGAGAAGAAGCCUUAUGGAAUUAGAAAACACAAAUAUUGAGCUGCAUAUUGAUACUUCCAGACACCUCUUGACAAUAGCAGACUGGGAACGAGAAAAGGCCAUCAGGCUCACAAGGAGAAGGACGAUGAAAAUGUGGAGGCUGAUGGUGAAGGAGAGGAGGGAGACUCUAAUGAACCUCAUGAGGUUUCAGUGGCCAGGGAGGAGAUCAACAUGCUCUUGGCAGAGCAACGGAAAACAGCAGCUCUAAAGGUAGGCAGGUACUUGAGUAAUUAUUGACUGAGUUCUGUGCUGGUUAUUGUGAACAAUAUGAUUCCUGCCUUUAGGAAGCUUAUAAUCUAACUGGGAAGACAGAAAAUCCUGGGGUCCAAAAUUGUCCCAUAAACAAUAAAAGAAACUGAGACUAAACUCUGAGACAAUAGUACUUUAUUAUUUUUUCAUUCAUUCUUUUUUUUUCUAAACUUUUUUCUAAAUCAUGCCACACAAGCAUGGAAAAGGAAAAAAAAUAGGAAAAAAGCAAGCAAACAACAACAAAAAGGUGAAAAUAUUAUGUUAUGAUCCAUAUUCAUUUCCCACAGUCCUCUCUCUGAAUGCAGAUGGCUCUCUUCAUCACAAGUCUAUUGGAAUUGGCCUGAAUCACCUCAUUGGUUGAAAAGAGCCAAAUCCAAGUGUUCUCUUUGUUCUGCUUCCUUCACUCAGCAUCAGUUCAUGUAUCAGUUCUUGUCUCUCCAGGCCUCUCGGAAAUCAUCUUGCUGAUAGUUUCUUACAGAACAAUAAUAUUCCAUAACAUUCAUAUACUACAACUUACUCAGCCAUUCUCCAACUGAUGGGCAUCCACUCAGCUUCCAGUGCUUUGCCACCACCAAAAGGGCUGCCACAAACGUUUGUGCACAUGUGGAUCCUUUUCCACAAUAGUACUUUAAGAUCCAUGACCUUCUCUAAUGAAAUGGACCUCAGAUCUUCCUUAUAUGAUACUUGUUAAUGUCUCCUUUCUCCAGGGCUUUAGUUGUAUAGUGCUUGAUACCUGGAUAAUAUA